AUGAGUAAACGGGAUGACUACCGUCAUGAAAAAAAUGAACAUUACCAUCACCGAUCGGUGAAUGAAAAGGGUGGUUCAGCUUAUGAAAGUGGUUUCCGGACAUAUCAUCCCAAUAGGCCAAGGUCACGACCUAGCUAUGAAUCACGGUUUUCUUCUUCUAAUACUCGAGACUUCGAUAACCAUCAUCAUCAAUUUCAUCCAAAUUCUAGUUCUGGAAAUCGCUUCCAUGACUCUGACAUACAUACUGGAGCGAAUAAUGACCAACAAACCCCUUUAAUAAAGCUUCCUGAUGCUGGGUUGGCAAGUCAAUUAAAAUCCACGAAAAAAGCCUGGCAAGAUGCCUCUAAUAACGUUUCUAAUUUUGAACAUGAGUUUCUGCAGCAGAAGUAUUUUUGGGAAAAAGUUCGCCCGGACGUUUUUCGCGAACAACUGAGAAGUAAUACUGCUGAGAAAAGCUUAGACGAUUUUGUCAAUAGUGUGAACAUUUAA